CGUUCCAUAAUAAUUAUUUUACUCAGUUAUUGCUGUCCUGUAACUGUCUAAGUCGUUGCAUGAUGCAGUAAAAGUCGUGGCGUCCAUUAAUAAGAAAUACAUAUUUCCAAUCAAUGACAGACGUGCUUAUGCUUUGUUUAUACGAAUUUAAUGGGGAAAAUGACCUGCCCUCAGCCCAGAACUAAUCGAGGAAUCAGAAGUCUUCAGUCUCAGUGUGAAGUGAGGACAUUGAGGGAGAAGAUAGUCAAAUUACAGAGAGAACUUAGUUCCAGCAAAGCUGAAACACAGAAUUUAGCCAAACAGCUAAAAUGCCUCAGUCUUCUUGUCAAAAGGGCAUGGUGUGGAGAUAUGACUGCAGCUAGGCAUGUUGCAAAAAUUGUGGGUGCUGCACCACCAGUAAUGAAGGUCAAGUCUGGCCCAGAAGGUGAAAAGAUUGUUGUUGUUCAGACUCAGCCUAAAGUGCUACAUAACUGGGCCUUCCUGACAACAAGGCUACUGAAUAAGAAAGACAUAAAGUUAGAAGAUUUAGUCUGCCAUCUAUCCACACAAAAACUGGAACAGAGAGAGGCUUACUUGGAUGAACAGAUGGAAACACAUGAUGAAAUUCUUGAAGCCACUCCAGCAAGUUUGAAAAUGGCAUCCUCUUCUCUGCAUAGUUCAAGAGCACGACUUCUUGUCAGACCACGUAGUGGAUUUGUUUACAAUGCAAUUAAUGAAAAUACAAAAACAUGCCUCAAUGAUACAGAAGGAUUUGUUCUGAAAAAGGAAAGACCACACAGCUCAACUGCUGUUCAGGAGAAAAAAAUUCAGAGAUCUAGAACUUGCCUUUCAGGUAAUUUGUUUUUAAUUUCAAUGAUUAUAUUGCAGAGGAGUAAGUUGAUGUACAUGUAG